GUUCAGAGUUCAGUUCUUGGCUGAGGUACAGUUUGGUGAGGAGUGAAGUCUGUCUGUGAGGAGGAUCUGAAAGGAGGCCUGAGGCCUAGUCCAACAACCACACAUCAACUACAAGUUAACCCCACUACCAAGGUGAAAGUCAAAGCCUUGCGUGGGAGCUGUACUUUCAGCAGAGGUGGAUCUAGAGUUUGUCCUUGUGGUGGAUGACAGACAAUCUUCCUGGAUAUAAAACCAAACCCUUCCUCCAUUACACCCCCUGAGGAUGACGUAAGGAAGGAGGACUUAUCUGUGUCACUGGGAACCUUAGUUAUACGUUGUUUUUCAGGUUGCUGGAAUUAUUCACACCCUUUUUAGUGAUGAUACAGAACUGGGAAAUAUGGAUAAAAACACAGGAGAUCAACUCAAUAGAGCCUACGAUGCGUUUCGUCAGGCAUGUAUGGAAAAGGACCGAACCAAAAAGGAAAUGCAGCAAAAGACGGCUAUGUAUGAGCAGCAGCUACACGAACAGCAGAAACAGAUAGAGGAGCUGAAAAACCACGUUUUGGUCUUGACAUCAAGGCUCUCUACAUUUGCUGGUGCAGGAGUGUUUGGUGUUCCGCCUCUAUCCCCGAAAUUGGAAAAUUCUGACGGUUGGAAAAGUGAGUCGGCCGCCCUUGAGAGUUUACAAGAACAGAUCAAAGCCGGUCUGCAGCGAGAAAAGCUUUACAAGGAUCAGCUGGAUACAGAAAAACUCAGUGUCUUGAAAUUGGAAGGAAAACUUGACAAGUUGGAGUCUGUCCUCUCCAAUAAGAAUGAGGAAAUUCAAUAUCUAAAAAAGUCAUUGAAAGAAGCCAGAGAGAUGAAAGAAAGACCAGACCAAAGAACAAUCCUGGACACAGAAAUGAGAAAUACGAACAUUACUCAAGAUCCUUCUGCGGCAGCUCCAGCCCCUAAUGACAAUGCAAGGCUAGGUGUUGAACGGAUUUUCUCCGAUCUAAAGGAAGAAUUCAGUCGGAUUUGCAAGUUAACAAGAGAACAAAGCAGCCAACUGAACACAUUUCUCAUGAAGAAGGAAAUUGCAUCUGGUAAUGAUAUUCGGUUGCCCUUUUCCAUGCCUGUACAGUGCACUGAUGAAGAAAACGAGGGAGUGCAAAUACUACAGAAGCCAAAGGAUAAAACCAUUAGAUCGCGAUUUGCCCCAAUCACUCCUCGAGGUUUAGGACCAGAUGAUGAACUGAGCAUGUCCGUGGAGUCCCUGUCAAACCUGAGCGUUAAGUUCCCCCCCAGUAGUGAUGACUCUGAUUUUUUGGAGAGCUCUCCUGGGAAGCUUCCGAUAUUUCCUCCAGCUUCAGAGCAAGAAGCUCAUCCCAACACACAACUUCCUGACGCCAUUAUGAAGACUUUCAGCACCGCGCGGCCCAGUCCGCCAUAUUCACCUCGAUCCCCAAGGACUGCUUGCCACUUGGAUAAGCAUUAUGAACUAGGACCCAACUAUCGGGGCACAAUGCUUCCAACAGAUGAGGACAGCGGCCUCUUCAUGGCAGGCAAUAAUCCUGUAGGCGAUUGCCAAAACACUUUCCACAUUCCAGAUACUCCAGACGUAGACAAAUGUAUAGAGAUCUCUGAGAGGACAGUGCGGGGACCUCAACAGCCAAUUUGGAAGCCAUCGUCACCUCAUGACAAUGACCUAUUAAUUCCGGGGAGUGAGAAAUGGGAUCGAGAUAGCUCUAACGUAUGUGAAUUUUGCCAAGCUGUUUUCCCACCAUCAACUGAUUUAGGAGGUGAAUUUCUAAGACAUCUGAACACACAUUUUUAACAAAUUUCCGCCCAAAAGAUCCUCACGAUGUCCAUACUUAAUGCCUUUCUCUAAUCCAAAUAUCUUUUUGGGACCAUUUCCACUCAUGGAUAAGUAUCUGGAUGAUAUGGUUUUAUCUGGUUGGCCAUGUUUGGGCUGUGAACUCCUAAAAAUAUCCAUUAUAAACCCUCAAAUAAAUUGCAUUACAUUUUUUUUCUUUAAAUGUGCUUUAUAGACAUUUACUAUAUUGAUCCAUGUCAUGUUUUAUUGCAAUUUUUAUAUGAAUUUUUUUUUUCUUUUUUAAAUUAGACACAAUAUGUUUGAUGUUCUCACAUAGGUUGCACCUCUGGUACAGAUCCAUUAAAUCACUGUAACUACACAACUAACUGUAUUAAAUGUAUUGUUUCUCCCCAAACACAUUUUCUUACAUUGUAAAAAAUAAAAAAUCCCAAAUGCUCUUUUUUCUGUCAAAAAAAGCUGAACAAAAAAAUUUCAUGAACACAUGAAGUGACAAACCCCUUAAGUAACACGCUAACAGCAUUCCUGUAUUGUAGCACUAGACUCUACGUCAUGUUCUAAGCAGAAACGCUUGUAGGUGCGUUCCUUUAUUAUGAACGUGCGAUGCAACAUUAAAAAAAUGUGUUAAUGAAGAGAAAAAUAGAUUAAGUAACAUAUCGUCUUAAAAAAAAGCAACACACACAUUUUGUACCCUAUUAAUACCACCUUUAAAAUGUAUGUAUUUAAAUAAUCUCUAUGUAUUAUAUUCUACAGAUAUCCUUGUAUAGAGCUGUAUGUGUACUUUUAAAUGAAAAGAUUUCAUAUUUAUAUUUUCCGUCAUUAUUUUCAUGUAUGUUAUUUUAAGCAAUGCAUUAAACUGGAUAGCUUUUUGAAUUGCCAAAAAGAAACAAAAUAUCAGUCUGGUUAUAUUAUUUUGCUUCUGUUUGUAAAU